ACGUGACAUCACAUAAUUGGAUCUAUUAUUAAUUUUGUCAAAGAAGCAGCCGACCAUGGAGUUAGAAGAACCUUCCAAGAGAUCUUUCUGGUCCUCAAUGAAAGCUAAUGCUUUCCAAAUAUGUAUGCAAGCUGUCCAAGUGUGUGUGGGAGUGACCAUAAUUCUGUUCGGCCUGGCUGUGGGAGGAGUGGGGCUCUGGGCCAUGCUCUCCCAGAAGGAACUCAUUGUCAUCAGUGAUGGCGACUCGCAAUUGUCCAGACUACCUCUCUCAAUGAUAGUGGCCGGCAUCAUCGUGGCUCUGUUAGGUCUGAUUGGAGUGGUUGGAGGGUUGUUUGUUCGUACUAUCACUGGGCGCAUUCUCAUUGGAGUGUAUGCGUUUGUCCUGGUAUUACUCAUCAUCAAUGAGAUAGGAGCCGGUGUGUCGGCCGUUGUUUUCAGAGACCAACUGAGGAAUGUCUUUGUUAAGAGUGCGGAACGAUCGCUGAUGAACUACGGCCGCCCUAACUACACGAGUGUGACUCAUGAGUGGGACACUUUCCAAAAUCAUCACAAGUGCUGUGGAGCUGACAAUUUCACUUCUUAUCGGAAUGUCUUCGAUAACGGCACUGUCCCUGCGUCUUGUUGCCAUGCCAAUCUGGAAGAGGCCGACUGUACGAUGGCUCGUAUGAAUGCGACCUCAGGGGCUUCAAACAAACUCUACCUCACCGGAUGCCCAGACUCAGUGAUCGGAACGUUGAAGGAACACGAUCUGAUUAUUGCCAUAGUGGUGAUUGUGUUUGCAGCUGCUCAGUUCACGGGAGUGUUGUUGGCAUGCUCGAUGGUUUACGCUAGCUCCAGAGCUGAGAAGAAGAGUAAAUACAGCUACAAAAGACUGCUACAAGAACAGACCUAGUUAAUAGGACUUUGUAUUCAAUAUUAAUAUUGUCACUUUUAAUAUCACCUCUCUCUAUAUCUCGCUAUGUGGUAUAUGUAUGUCUCAUUUAUUUGUCUCUUCACUUAAUUAUAAUUUUUUGAAAUGUUUACAA